ACACAGCACCGAACAUAUAAAACCAACUCCCCACUCUCCCCAUGCAUCCCUACGUAUUUUGAGAUUAUUGCACUUUAGAGAGAGAGAGAGAGAGAGAGAGAGAGAGAGAUGGCAUCAACGCAAGAGAAGAUGGAGAGGGCAGAGGCAGCAGCAAGAAUGGCAGCGGCGGAGCUCAGUGACGUAAACAGAGAGCAAAGAAGACAACAGUAUGGGGAAGAAAGAGGGGCAUCCAAAACGGAGUCUGAUCGGGAUCAACCCCGGGACGACGACGAAAAGCGGGGCGUUAUAGGGAACGUAUUGAAGUCGGUUGCGGAAACCCUCGAGCAGGCCGUCACCGGAAGGGCUCCCGUUACUUCCGAUGACGAUCUGAUGAGGAGGGAAGAAGUGGGAGGCGGAAACGAGUCUCCUCCGCCUGCUGAGAAGGCUAAACAGAAGGCGGGGGAGACGAAAGAGAAGGCGAAGGAGAAAGUGGAGGAGACGAAGGAGAAGGCAGGGGAGUACAAGGAUUCCGCAAAGGAGAAGUUGGAGGAGACGAAGGAGUCGGCCGCGGAGAAGGCGAGGCAAGCGAAGGAGAAGUUGGGUGAGGUUACCGGCGUGGAUAGGGAGAGAGGAGGAGAGGAUCAACCGUCGCACGACGAUGAUCGGCCGCCAAACGAUCACCGAGAGGAGGAAAGGCCUGGUAUUCUCGGGAGCCUAUUGAAGGUGGUUACCGGCGGCAAGAGGGACAAAGCUUCCGAAGAUCGAAUGAGGGGAGAGGGUUCCGAGGAUCUCACGGAGAAGGCGAGGGAGGCGAAAGAAAGGGCCAAGGAGAAGGCGGAGGAGACGAAAGAGUCGGCCAAGGAGAAAGCUGAGGAGACGAAGGAGAAGGCCAAAGAGUACAAGGAUUACACGGCGGAGAAAGCGGAGCAGACGAAGAAUUCCGCGGCAGAGAAGGCGAAGCAGGCCAAGGAUUGGACUCUGGGGAAAGUGAGCGAGUAUAAGGACUCUGCCGCGGAGAAGGCGAAGGAGGCCAAGGACACUGCCGUGGAGAAGGCGAGGGAGGCCAAGGAAAAGACGGCGGAGAAGGCGGAGGAGACGAAGGAUAGUACGGCGGAGAAGGCAGGGGGGUACAAGGAUUAUACUGCGGAGAGAGCGAAGGAGACGAAGGAUACGGCCGUGGGGAAGGUUGCGGAGUUGAAGGACGCCGCGGUGGAUAAGGCGAAGAGGGCUGUGGAGUUCUUGACUGGGAGGAGGGAGGAGACUACUGGUCAGGAAAACAAGGACGAAUUCGGUGAUGCAGACGACGCAGAAGCCAGGCGGAAGAUGGCGGCACUAAGACUACAAGAUGAAGAUUUCAACGACGAUUACGACAAGAGGAAGAGGGAGGUGGUGGACGCGUACGUGGUGCUGGUCGACGUAGAAGGCACUCCGGUCGGACAGGCGACCGCAACCCUCAAGACAGCGGACCAGGCAACGGGGCAGACUUUCAACGACGUUGGCUGCCUUGACGAUGAGGGCAAGGGCGUGGUGGUGGUGGAACAACGCUUGGAACAUCCUCCUGCCACCGCCACGGGUUGCCCGGGUGUUGUGGCGGUGGAACGGGUGGACCCUCCCCCGGAGGUUGAGUGCCGGGGUGGCGUUUUGGUCGUGGAAUGCGAGGAGGAUCCUCGUCGUGGCCGUGCUGAUAAGUGAGAUGGAUGUUGCAAUGAUGCUCUGCCUAGCCGUGUGUUUAUUUGGGCCUUUUUGUUCUGUUUUACUAGU